AUCCACUGCAGUGCGGUCACACUGGUCUUUAGCUUCUUCGUUUUCCUCGGCAUUUGUUGGUGUUAUUUUAUGAAUCAAUUGCUAAUUCCCUUCCUACGGAUAUUCGCCAACAUUCGUCAGCUUCUGAAGCCAGUUCCCAGCAGCAGCAUUCGCAUUUGCAGUUAGUCACCAGGUCAUAAGGAUAAGUGAAGCAGCCAGUAUGUGGAAGGCAACCGCCGGUCACCAGAUUCAAGCCAAUAACUCCAAUGCCGCCGAGGACGAUGAUUGGGAAACUGAUCCCGACUUUAUCAACGAUGUCAGCGAGCAGGAGCAGCGGUGGGGCUCGAAGACGAUCGAUGGCAGCGGUCGCACCGCCGGCGCCAUAGACAUGGACAAGUUGAGGGAGGAGACUGAGAAGGCGGAUCUUGACAAGAAGAAGCAACUGCUGAAGGAGCAGAAUGCCGGCUACGGCUAUGGUGGCAAGUUCGGCGUGGAAAAAGACCGCAUGGACAAGUCGGCAGUGGGUCAUGACUACCUGGAGAAGGUUGGUAAGCACGCCUCCCAAAAGGAUUACAGCGAGGGAUUCGGUGGAAAGUUUGGCGUCCAGACAAAUCGCGUUGACAAGUCGGCGGUUGGCUGGGACCAUGUCGAAAAGGUGGAGAAACAUGCCUCCCAAAAGGAUUAUGCCACCGGUUUUGGUGGAAAGUUCGGUGUCCAGUCAGAUCGAGUGGACAAAUCCGCUGUGGGCUGGGAUCACAUCGAGAAAGUAGAAAAGCACGAGUCGCAAAAGGAUUAUUCCAAGGGCUUUGGCGGAAAGUUUGGAGUGCAGGAGGAUCGUAAAGAUAAGUCUGCAGUGGGCUGGGAUCAUAAGGAAGCCCCCCAAAAGCAUGCCAGCCAGGUAGAUCACAAAGUGAAGCCUGUAAUCGAAGGUGUAAAACCCUCGAACCUGCGCGCUAAGUUCGAAAACCUGGCCAAGAACUCCGAGGAAGAGUCGCGUAAGCGAGCCGAGGAACAAAAACGCCUCAGGGAAGCCAAGGACAAACGGGAUCGCGAAGAGGCCGCCAAGCAGACUGUUGUGGAAAAUACUCCCAAAACAUCUUCAGAAACGCCUCCGCCCAAGGGCAGCCGGGCAGCUAUUCAAACAGGUCGUGCUGGUGGCAUUGGUAAUGCCAUCAGUGCAUUCAAUCAGAUGCAAUCGCCUGUAGCCGAAACGCCCCCGGCCCGCAAGGAACCUAUUGUUAUCCCCAAGGCCCAGCCAACAAAGGUGGAAGUGCCGAAGGAGGAACCAGUUGAAGUCCCUGAGAAGGCUCCGGCUCCAGCGGUUGUUGCUGCUGUCGCCCCAGAACCAGCUCCUCCAGCUAAAGCUCCUUCCCCAGCACCGGCUCCUGUACCAGACGUUGUGCCACAGAUUGAGGUGGAAACUGUGCCAACGCCACCCAGAAGUGAGCCCGAAUCCCCUGAACACUUGCCAACACCUCAAGCCGAAGCCCAAGUCCAACCCGUAGCUCAGGCUCCAGUUCCAGUUCCAGCUCCAGCUCCAGCUGAGCCCCAGCCAGUUGCCAUAGAGGAACCACUCUACCAAAACCAAGCCGAGAUUAAGGCUGCCUCACCGGUACCAACAUCCAAUGGGUCAUCUACUGAAGCAACUGCAUCUGCUACCGAGGAAGCUAUCUAUGCCAAUUCGGAUAACUUGGCCGACUACUUGGAGGACACAGGCAUUCAUGCCAUUGCCCUUUACGAUUAUCAAGCGGCCGACGACGAUGAGAUUUCCUUCGAUCCUGACGAUGUGGUCACCCACAUCGACAAGAUUGAUGACGGCUGGUGGAGGGGUUUGUGCAAGAACCGGUAUGGACUAUUCCCGGCCAAUUAUGUGCAAGUGGUGGAACAGAAUUCCUAAUUGCUUCCAAACGAAAUUCACGAUAGAUCAAAAUCAAAUUGUAUUUACUUACUAACGAUACCAUAAUACUGAUGUUGGAGUAUAAAAUCAAUUCACUACUAACCCCGCCCAUUCUGUGUGUCCCUCAUCCUUACAUUGUUUUCCCUACUUAAACCUCAGAACUACGUGCAACGAACGGAAAAAGUUUAAAAUUAUUUUAAUUUGUUAUGCUAGCAUUUGAAAUAAUCAAGGUAUUCCAUAUUUUAUAAAUUAUUAACUGCAUUUUACAUUCUUUUAUUUUAAUCUAUAUAUUGCCAAGCUAUUUAUGUAUUCAUUUAAGCAAUUUAUGUGCAAAAAAUUAACCUGUUGCUCAUUUCAUAUUUGAAACGUUGAUUAUGAAGAAGUUUAAUGUGUCAAGUAAAGGUUUUGCUCUUUUUAAAUUGUAUAAAGUCUAUGAGAAUUUCCCAUGUCAGGUGAGAUCAAAUGUUAAAGACAGUCACAACUAAAAGUCUGGUCUUUUGAUAAAUAAAUACAUAAUACAAA